CGCCCACUUCCGCUCUUUCGGCCAACCAUCUGUCUGUUCAUAACCAUUUGUGUUGUUCUCCAGGUGUAAACAUGGGAGAUGCACCUCUGAAGCGGGAGAAUGAAGGUGAUGAACUCGGACAGAAGGUUAAGAAACAAAAGGGAGAUCCUGAAGAUGACCCGAGUGGAAACGGAGAGGAAUGCGGCGAGGAGAAUAUCUUAUCUGGGUUUAAGACCACCGCUGUGUUGAAGGAUUCUGCACGGGAGAAGACCAUCUUCCUCCAUGGGAAGUUGGACGAGCAGGAGGCAGUGGUCAUCCUGCAGAAGACCCCCAUCACAGUGGUCUCCGUGGCGGAGAUGUUCGCUUCCUCAAAGCUGAAGCUGGAGAUGAGGAACGACAUCUACAGCACCUAUCAGCUCCAGCCUCCUGCUCACCUCAACGUGCUCAAGGCGACAGUGGUGUGCCCGGCCACAGAGAAGCAUGUGAAGAAGUACCAGGUUCAGGAGAGCUUCCUGGUUGAGGAGACCGGAGAGGACUACCUCUCCAUCACUCUGCCCUAUAUCCAGGAGAAGAGCUUCAGUCUGCAGUGGGUCUUCAACAUCCUGGAGAAGAAGGCGGAGGCGGACCGGAUAGUUUAUGAAGACCCUGACCCCGAUGUGGGCUUCGUUCUUCUGCCAGAUUUCAAAUGGGACCAAAAACAGACGCAUGAUCUGUACCUGAUAGCCAUCGUCCACCAGAGAGACCUGAAGAGUAUCAGAGAGCUCACGGCCGCCCACCUGCCUCUGCUCCAGAACAUCUGCACCAAGGGGAAGGAGGCCAUCCUCAAGCGCUACGGCCUUCCCGCCAGCAAGCUGCGCGUGUACUUCCACUACCAGCCGUCGUACUACCACCUCCACGUCCACUUCACGGCGCUGGCCUCGGAGGCCCCCGGCAGCGGGGUGGAGCGGGCCCACCUGCUCUCCGACGUCAUCCAGAACCUCCGGGCGGACGGGGGGUUCUACCGCCAGCGGAGCCUCAGCUUCCCCCUCCGCGCCGACGACGGACUGCUCGCCAAGUUCCAGCAGGCGGGGCGGUUGUAGGGGGCGAGGUUACAGAAGGGGCGGUGCGCCGAUCUGUUUUUCGAAGGUUGAUGUUCGUUUUAACAACAGACCGUUGGGAAGAAUGUCACCACUGCCAUGGCAACGCAUUCAUUGCGUCCUCCCGUUCUUCCAUAUUAAUAUUGAUCAUUGAUUGAUUGAUUGGUCAUGUCUGAGGCCCAGCUGAGCUCCUGGUCUCUGUGUUACCAGAACAGUACAGCUGUACUUUUCAUAGUGAUGGCACUGGGGUUUGGAUGUUUCACUUUUUUUACCAUUGUCUUUUUUUUUACUAAUUGCAUUGUUCAAAUGUUUUAUUAAUCGACUUAAUAAAAUACUUUUUUAAAAAAACCUUAA